UAAACAAAUAUCAACAAAAUCAUAUAUAGUGCUUCUAAUCAACAAUUUCCACUAUAAAAUGUACGUAUUUAAAUGUAUUAUUCACGUCAUAUGUAAGGAUUCGAAUGAACAGUCUGAAUUACUCGUAUUGAAAUAUACAAGGAAAAAAAUUAAAAUAUAUAAGGAAAAAAAUUAAAAUAUAUAUAAGGAAAAAAAAAAUGAACAUGUGGUGAGCAGGAACGGUAGCCUGAUCUCAAAGUCUCUCUCUCGCAUAUCUUGGAGGAACCGUAAACAGUUAUCACGUUUCUUUAACUGUCAACGACACCACUUUGUUCCAAACCAAAAUGUUCUCUUCACUUACGAAAGUUCCACAAUUCAUUUUUUCAUCAUUUUACACGUUCCUUGCACCACCCCAGAGGAUCCUCUCAAAAGGGUGCUGCAGACAAUGGAGACAUUCCAUGUCUGUGAAUGCAAAAACCCUUCUCAAAGAUGGCAUUCUCAGUGUUGAUGGCAAAGAUGCAUUAAGGGGUGUGCCUGAAAAUGUAGUGGUCACACCAUUCACUGCUUCAUCUGCUUUCAUUGGAGCCUCUUGUUCUGAUGCUAGUUCACGCCUUGUGUUCAAGCUUGGAGUUAUCCAGUAGUAUUCAUUUUUCUCUUCUGAUGUUUCUGUCAGUAAAUGAAUCUCUAUCUUAAAACUGUUCAGCUACAUCUGGAAGAAUUAUUCUGCUAAGUCAGCCUACGAAAAUGCCUAUAAUGAGAAGAAAAAAUUUAUCUGAAGGAGGCACACCAGCAAAAUUCUUGAUAAUAGAUGAUGGCUGGCAAGACACUGUGAAUGAGUUUCAAAAAGAUGGGGAGCCAUUUAUUGAAGGAUCACAAUUUGGUGGCAGAUUAAUCAGCAUCAAAGAAAAUAAUAAAUUCCGAGCAAUAGGAAACGUAACUGAAAAUGGUGCACCUGUUAGUCUAAAGGAUUUUGUUUCAGAAAUCAAGAGCACUUUUGGUCUCAACUCAAAACAAAGUGCAAUUACGCGAGCAUCUGAUGACUAUUAUCCAAAAAACACCACAACUCAGUCUCUACAUAUAGCUGCUGUAGCUUUCAACAGCAUAUUCCUUGGUGAAAUUGUUGUACCGGACUGGGACAUGUUCUAUAGUCUUCACGAUGCAGCUGAGUUCCAUGCAGCUGCUAGAGCAGUUGGAGGAUGUGGAGUAUAUGUAAGUGACAAACCUGGCCAACAUGAUUUCAAUGUAUUGAAAAAGCUUGUACUUCCUGAUGGAUCAGUUCUCAGAGCCAGAUAUCCUAUAAAAGUAUUGCAGUGUGAAGUAUUCACAGUAUCUCCUAUAAAGGUUUAUAAUCAAACAAUCCAGUUUGCACCGAUAGGACUAACAAAUAUGUACAACUCUGGUGGAGCUGUUGAAGCAGUUGAAUUCAGUGAUUCUUCUGAAUCAAAAAUACACAUAAGGGGUAGAGGAGAAGGUGAAUUUGGAGCUUAUUCCAACUUCAGACCAAAGUCUUGCAGUGUAAAUUCUGAAGAUUUGGAGUUCAAAUUUAGAGAGGAAGAUAAACUUUUUGCAGUAACAAUUCCAGCAAAAACCACUUCAUGGGACAUCACCAUCUGCUACUGAAGCCUUUGUUUUCCAGAUUGAUACUAAUUGCAACAGUUGAAUGAAAAUCUGAGAUUGUUAUUUGUGUAGCUUUUAGUAUUAUUCAUGUAAAUAAUUUGAGUUUCUCUCGAGUUAAUAUAAAUUAAUGUACUUCAUUUUUUUGUAGAA